AUGGGCGAUCUGUCCUUUGUUCGCAGCCAACGGUGCCUACAAACGCAGUCGUCUACUGCUCAACCGCAUACCACUAUCCCCUAUUCAACCCGAAGCAUGUCCGUGCAAACAAAGGUCCUGAUCCAAAUGUCCGGCGCCCCGGGCUCCGGAAAGAGCACCAUGGCGCGGCUGCUGCGGCCCUGCCUCGCAAGCGCCGGCGCCGUCGUCGUCGAUCACGACGUGCUGCGGUCCGCCUUUCUCGCAUCCGGCCUCGACUUUGCGGCGGCCGCGCGGCACGCCUACGAGCUGCAGUGGACGCUCGCCGAGGACCUGAUGCGGCAGGGGCUCAGCGUCAUCGUCGACAGCACCUGCAACUUCCCCGAGACCCUCGCGUGCGGCGCCGCGCUGGGCCGCGCGCCACGGCCACGACUACUGCGCACCGCGGUUGACGGACCGCCGCCGGGCGCCGCGGACGCGGGCGAGGAGGGCCGCGCGCGCUUUGCGAGGUGGAUGGAGCACCCGUGCCGGCCGGCGACGACGGACAGUGUGAUUGUGGUGGACGCCACGAGGGAGCCAGAGAUGCUGCGCGAUGAGAUUCUGAACCGGAUUAUUGCAAGCAGCGGAUAG